AUGGAAACAUAUCACGGCCACGUUCGCACGCCCAAUGAUGCGAUUCUGCUCUUCGAGGCCUGUCGCAUAGGCCUGCUCCCUCGCGUGCAGCGACGCCUAUCCGAGAAGGAACGCCAGCAGAUCAAGUCGGGCUCGGUAUUUGUCUGGGACGAGAGGGAAGCGGGCAUGCGGCGCUGGACCGAUGGCAAGUCCUGGAGCGCAAGUCGGGUGUCGGGCAGUUUCUUGACCUACCGGGAGAUGGAGGGCAAAAGAGGAGGCAGCAACCUGAACCAGCCGGCACCGAAGCGCGCAAGUGGAAAGUCCCCAGACGGAUCAGCAACUGGCGACUCUGAAGGCGAGGGCCCGGACGGCUACCGGUACAAGCCGGACGGUCUUAUGAAGCAGUCGUUCAGCAUCACCACCUCGAGCGGACAGCACUUGCAUCUCAUCAGCUACUACUCGCGAUCAAAUUCGAUGCCUCUGACCCAACCGUCAACCGACAGCUCAUUACGGCACAUCCGACCUCCUAAAAACAUGUAUCCCGAAUCCACAGUCAACGAGACCCAGCCUGUCGCAGCCGUGACACGCGGCCCCUUGCCCGGCUCGCCGUAUGCCCAGUCGCCGCACCAGAUGCCAACAUCACCCUAUUCGCGACCAGGUCCUCCGCAACAGCCCGUAUACGUGCCUGUCUACCACCCGCCCACGCCCCCCAGCGGUACGCCGCCAUACCAGCACGCUUACUACGGUCAGCCCCAUUACCCGUACUUCCAGUACGCCCCGGUCAUCUAUGCUCCCCCGGGAUAUCCUCCGCAACAAGGCCAUGUCUUUGACCGACCGCCGCCUCAAAUUGCUCACCCUGGCAUUCACCACGUUCCACCAGGCCAUGUUGCAAUGGCGCCCCACCCGGGUCAUCCUCCGCAGUAUAUCCAGCAACCCCCUCCUCCGCAUGCUCUUCAGAGACCCGAGCUUGUCCAGCGGCAUUCUCAGCCUAAUGGCCAUAUUCCGCCUGCUCCUCCCGCUGCGCCCAGGCCAGAGCAAGGACCUCAACUACCGGCCAUCAACAGCACCACUCCCACUUCGGCUCACAAGCCUCCAACGCCCCAGCCCUCUGAAUCUCAGUCUCAGGGGUCAUUGAUGCCACCGGAGUCGAACGGUGCCGCGAACGAGCCUUCCCCGGCACGAACAAUCCCCAAGAUUGGGUCAAUUCUCAACAACCAUGAGCAAAAUGGAGAGAAGCAAAGCAACAGCCGUUCAGGCAGCCGAAGCCCUAGCGGAUCUCAGCCCGCAAUCAGGGAACUGCCCCCGGACAGGCUGGCAAGCAUGAGCACUGCGACGGAUUCGCGCGCGCUUGACAAGCUCAACAGGAACAUGUUCGUUCGGACUUAG